AUGGCGAUAUUUUUACUGGUAUUGUCGAAAGUGAUUUCCUGUUACACAAGACUGCGAGACCGAGCAGGAAAAAGAGAUGGGAGACAGCGACGAUGAAUACGAUCGCAGGAGAAGAGACAAAUUCAGACGGGAGAGAAGUGAUUAUGAUCGCUCCAGAGAAAGAGAGGAUCGACGCAGAGAUGACUGGAAUGACAGGGAGUGGGACAGGGGCAGGGAGCGUCGGAGCCGCGGUGAAUACAGAGAUUAUGACCGUGGUCGCAGGGAGAGAUUUAGCCCGCCCAGGCACGACAUGAGCCCCCAGCAGAAACGCAUGAGAAGAGACUGGGAUGAUCAUGGAGGUGAUCCUUACCGUGGGGGAUAUGAUUUGGGCUACGGCGGUGGAGGAGGGCCAAGCUAUGGGCCACCGCAGCACUGGGGCCAUCCUGAUCUCCACCUGAUGCAGCCUCAUCAGGGCAUCCCCAUCCAGGCGAGACUCGGGAACAUCCAUGACAUGGAUUUGGGUCCACCUCCUCCGAUAAUGAAAAACUUUAAAGAGUUCCUGCUGUCCCUGGACGACUCAGUGGACGAGACUGAAGCUGUCAAACGCUACAAUGAGUACAAGAUCGACUUCCGUCGGCAGCAGAUGCAGGACUUCUUUUUGGCUCAUAAAGAUGAGGAGUGGUUCAGAUCCAAAUACCACCCGGACGAGGCCAGCCGGCUGAAGGCAGAGGCUCAGAGAGCUAUCUGCAAUCGUCUGAACGUCUUUAUGUUCCUGAUGGAGAACGGCUGGUUUGAGAACGUUUCCCUGGACAUUGAGCAGACUCCUGCUAUCAUCAAGGUGCUGGACGCAGCUGUGAUAAAGAUGGAAGGAGGGACUGACCACGACCUCCGCAUUUUGGACAUGCCGCCAGAAGAAGAAGAAGAAAGGGAAAAGUCCUCGUCUGUUUUAGCUGGAGGAGAGGCUCAGAGGAGGGAAGAGCUGAAAACAGCCGACAGAGAGCACAAGCCCUCGGGGGAGAAAAACAAAACUGAGAAGGAGGACAGCGACUUUCCCAGCGGAGACCGAGACGCCGCCGCAGACGGACAGGACAGGAAGCAGGAGGCAGAGAAAGAAUCUGUCAGAGAAGAAAUGCCUGAACCUAAGAAGGCAAGAAGAAAGAGGAAGCGUAGCGGGGACAGCGACGACGAAGCGAGCGCCUCUGAGAGCGAGUCUGACUCCGACUCCGACUCCAAUUCCGACUGCUCUGACAAACCAGAGAAGAAGGAGGAAGUGCAAGACAAGGAUGACGAAGAAGAGGAGGGAGAAGAAGACAAACCGAAGGAAACCUCUGAGGAGGAGAAGAAGGAAGAGAAAAAACCCAAAGACGACUCGCCCAGACCACGACCGCUGCACAAGACUUUCUCCCUGUUCAUGAGGAGCAUCGCUCCCUCCAUCUCCAAGGCUGAGAUUAUUGCUCUUUGCCGGCGAUAUCCUGGGUUUCUGCGCGUUUGCCUUUCUGACCCUCAUCCAGAGCGCAGGUUUUUCAGGCGUUGCUGGGUGACCUUUGAUCGCAGUGUCAACAUCAAGGAAAUCUGUUGGAACCUCCAGAAUAUACGCCUCAGAGACUGCGAACUGGCACCAGGCGUGAACAGGGAUCUGGCUCGGAGGGUCCGCAACGUGAACGGCAUCACUCAGCACAAACAGGUGCUCCGCAACGACAUCAAGCUGGCUGCCAAGCUUAUCCACGCUUUGGACGAAAAGGGCGAUCUGUGGAGCAGCAAAACUCAGGGCGCUCAAAGCACCGAGUUGCAGGCUCAGAACCCCAUCUUGAAGAAUAUCACUGAUUACCUGAUUGAGGAGGUGAGCGCUGAGGAAGAGGAGCUCCUGGGGUCUAGCAGUGGAAUGGAUCCAGACGAGGGCGCUAAGGAGGGAAAUCCUGCCGAGAUAACUGUGGAGAAGGAUGAUAAAUUAGCCAAGGUUUUGGACCGUUUGCUCUUAUAUCUGCGGAUUGUGCACUCAGUUGAUUACUACAACACCUGUGAAUACCCCAGUGAGGACGAAAUGCCUAAUCGCUGUGGGAUGGUCCAUGUUCGCGGCCCAGUUCCUCCUAACCGUAUAACGCACGGAGAAGUGCAACAGUGGGAAAAAGUGACGGAGGAAAAGUUGAUGCCUUUAUUUAGUUUAAAGGAAAUCCUCUCUGAGGAAGAGGCAACGAAGAUGGGUCGUAAGGAUCCCGACGAUGAGGUGGAGAAAUUUAUAUCUGCAAACACUCAGGAGCUGGGAAAGGACAAAUGGCUCUGCCCUCUUAGCGGCAAGAAAUUCAAGGGUCCGGAGUUUGUACGGAAGCACAUCCUGAACAAACACGGGGAGAAAAUUGAAGAAGUUAAAAAGGAGGUUGUGUUUUUCAACAAUUUCCUCAUGGAUGCUAAAAGACCGUCACUGCCAGAGAUUAAACUUCCACCUCUUCCUGUCCCUGGCCAAGGCUUGCUUUCUCCCACGCUGCCAUUUCCUCCUCAAGGCCCUCAGGGUCCAAUGGGCUUUGGUCAGCCUCGUCCACCUCUGAUGGGCUAUGGUGGUGCUCCACCUUACCCACCUAAUCAGUUUGGAGGAGGCAGAGGAAACUAUGACAACUUCCGUGGACAAGGUGGCUACCUGGGUAAGCCGCGAAACAUCAGAAUGUCCCGGGGAGAUCCACGAAAUAUAAUUGAGUAUCGUGACCUAGACGCACCGGAUGAUAUGGACUUCUUUUAGAAGGUUAAACUGUUUUUUUUUUCCCCCCCUUGCUUUUUACUUGUGUUCUGUUCGGCCUGUUUUUUCUUUCCUUUUUUUGUAGGAAUUACAGUAUUUACUUUCUUAAAUAUUUCAUUUUGUGAUCAUUGUGCAACGCUAUGAAACUCCUGUAAACUGAUCAUCAAUAAAAUUGUGUUCAAAAAAAA